UAUGGAUGAUAAAAUGAGCACUCAUCUCAGAUCUCCCUUGAAGGCCUUCCACCAUCAGAGGGGUUUUUCUGAUGUCACGACCUUCCAGUUUCCCUGUAGCAUCAUCCAUCGGCCAACGAUUAAGUUAGGAGGAGGAGACUCGUGCCCUGAUAUUGUACAGCUAGACCAAGAGAUCAAUACUACCCAUAUUAAUAAUAAUGAAUUCAUGUCAUCAAGUAUCAAGGAUAAUGAUCUUGACUACGAUGCUUUCUUUUCCAAAUUCAUUGACGUUGAUAAUAAUGAUCAGGAGGAAAAAUGCAGUGUGAUUAACAAUUUAUGUGGUGAUGAUGCGAGUCAGGUUAAGCAGAUUGAUGUCAACUUCAAUUAUAAUCAACGUGACGGGAUUAAUUGGGUUAAUACACCAGAUGGUGAUGGUGAUGGUGAUGAGGAUAAGGAGGAGGAGCAGCAGCUUGACAGGAGGAAACGAUUCGAGAGCCCCGACGGCCCAGCCCCCUCGCCCCAGCAUUACCCCAAUUUAUCUGUAGCAGCUGGCAGCAACAUUCAGACCUCUGUGGAGGCAAAGAGGGCAGUGUCUGCUGCUAAAUUGGCUGAGCUUUGGAUUGUGGAUCCAAAGCGUGCUCGUAGAAUAAUGGCCAAUCGUCAGUCGGCUGCUCGUUCCAAGGAGAGAAAGGCUCGCUACAUAUCAGAACUGGAGAGGAAGGUUAAGUCCCUUCAAACUGAGGCCAAGGCUCUUGCUACCCAACUUAACAUAUACAAGGAAGAUGCGGUACACCUGGCUGCUGAAAACAAAGAGCUCAAGUUGCGGCUGCAAACAAUGGAGCAUCAAGCUCACUUACAAGACGGUAAUUUCUCAUCAAAUUAUAAACCAUAA